UGCCUCCUCUUCAACUUUAAGCCAUGAAAGUGCGAAUCACGACCUCAGCCUUUAGAAACAAUCCCAGCUAACAUUUCCGUCGUCGUGGAGACCCCCGAUUUCCGAUCACUUCCGGGAUUUACCGAACUGUACGCUUCAUUUCUUCAUGAGUGGAGAAAAAUGGCUUUUGAAUUGUCCGAAGAUCAGUUAAAAACAGCGGAAAACAAGCUGAAGAGAUAUUUACCUAUGUCGCAGCAGGUUUACGGUUUCCUGGUGCUCAGAAACAGAGUCAGAUCCGACCCUGUACGGGUUUUAGUGGACAGGUGGCCACAGUUCCGCGUCAUUGUGUGCAAACCACACGGUGAACAGAACAGUGACCUCUUCAAAGAUGCACUGCUUUUUGCAACUGAUGCUGCUGUUCUAGAGGAAAUCCUCAGCAAGUCAUCUGUUUUUGACUGGAGCAAGUACUUUUGUGUUGGAACCAGUGUUUCCCACACUGAGAUAUUCAAAGCAGUGGCAUCAGCAAAGGGUGUACCCUGUAAAAGAGUGGCAACAUGUUACUUGAUGACACUGGAAGAUGUGAGCAGGCUUCCCUCUGUAGAUAGUUCAGGGAUCUCAAUAAGCUCUCUUGAUGAAUCGCACAUUGGCUUGGUGAACCAAACGUGGAAGUUUGGAAAGGACGAUGUGGCCGUUGCGAUGAUCCGCAACAUGAUUGCAAACUUCCCCUCCUGCUGCGUGCUGGAUGCUGAAAGAAAGCCUGUGUCCUGGAUUCUGACCUAUCCAUCAUGUGCUAUAGGAAUGCUUUACACGCUGCCAGAGCACAGAGGGAAAGGCUAUGCCAAAAUCCUGGUCAGCAGCUUGGCCAAGAGGAAUCAUGCCCUGGGCUACCCAGUUUACAGCUUCAUAGAAGAGGAGAAUGCUGUGUCCUACAGGCUCUUUGUAAACCUGGGCUUCACUGAAGAUCCCUCUUACAGGGAAGCCUGGUUUGAAUUCAAUAAAUUUCAAAUAUUUCAAUGAGGGACAGAGUAGAAGUAAAACAAAAUUACACCACACCUUUUUCUAUUAAUAAGUUAAAGUCACAAUGUGAGCCAGUUCUUUUAGAAAACAGUUGGAAUAAAGACGAUUGCCAGAUUGUUGGGUUAGUAGCUCUUUUUUGGCCCUCUUAAUGCCCUGGAACAUUUCUCUCAUUUAUAAAAAGUGUGAUCACUUCUGGUCUGUUAUCUAUUAUGACUGUAUAGCCUCUUAAGUGUACAGAAAAUCUCCUGGAAAAAUUGCAUUAAACCUGGACUGCAAAAAUUAAAGAGUAAGUGAAGAAGACGUUGAUUGACAAAAAUAAUACAAACGUAGCAGUCUGAGACUGCGUACCACAGAUAAGGCUGAUAAUUGCAUGCAUGUUCUGAGUGUCUGGAUCCAGUAGGAUCCACAUCUGGAUCUGAAUGAGUAUGUGAUUUCUUGGAGAAGACACUGUUUCCUUGGGGCUUGCUUUUGGGUCAGAAAAGGCACCUCUAAGUAGCUUUAUUUUCAAGCUAACUUCUCCCAAUUUCAUUUUGAUAUAUUUGUCAAAAUAUGGUGUGAAAUGUCCAGUUUCCCCCUAUUUCAGAAUAGUAAAGAACCUUUCCACAACUUCCUGGAUCAACUCCAAAAGUAAUCUUCUCUAAGCAGGCUCAGUCCCCACCAUUGAUAACUUUUUACUAAGAAACAAUCAAAUCAACCACAUUACCUGCACGACAGAGAUAAUGAUGUAAACUUUUAUUAUAUUAAAGCAUUUAAAUGAGAAGUAGAAAUAAAACCGAGCUGCACUGAUUUGUACUCAGUAGCUUCAUAUUGUUCAUUAAGCUGCUUUCUUUAAGGGGGUCACCACACCGGAUCAUUAACCUCAAUCCGAGCUUUGGCCACUUUGUUGUGGAAUUAUCCUGAUCUGCAUAAAGACUUUCUUCCUGGGUUCCUGACACAACCCUUUGCAUUUAUCUGGCUAAAUCAGCUGUGAAUCAUAAAAAACAAACAAACAUUAUAAUAUCAUUAAGUACAAACAUUUCAAACCAAAGCUAAUAUGCUUCUAAAAAUUGGGACAGUUUAGUACUUCAUUAAAAA